CAAAUCCAUCUCAAAAUGUCAAUCAAUAAAUAAAAUAAAAAUAUAAAAAAGUAGUUUAAGCUAACUAGCUAACUGUCAAAACAAGAUAAUAUUAAUUAUUAUCACAAUAAUUAAUAUUUUGCAUUGUACGCAUGCGCGAAACAUUUGACAGAACGUAUAACUCGCAACAGAAAAUUAUUGUUUCCAACAAGUCGAUAACAUGUUGCAGCACUGAUGGAACAGAAAACAUUUUGUUGGGUGUUUUAAAUUUGCUCUGCUGGAACACGUUUUUGACAUUGCGCAUGCGCUGAACGUUUAUAACCACUUGCAACACUAUGCUGGAACAAACCUACUGUCUUCCUGGCGACCGCCAUAAACCACACAAUCAAUCCAUAGUAAUCGUCACCGCAAGGUCGGCUUGAGCAGCAGUCGUGCGGGCACACGCGUAAGCGCGCCUUGAACGAAAACUACCAACUCAAUGCGACUCGCGGCCCAAUAAAAUGGACGUACGCGUUUCCGAACCACCUCGCCACACCGCACCGCCAACAAGCGACACAAUAAUAAUAAUAAUUAUUGCUCUGCGAGUUGCACCGCCGCCGCCAAGCUCGUGACAGCACAUAAUUAUUAUUAUUAUUAUUAUUAUUAUUGUUAUCAUUAUCAUUAUGUUCUAAAUGUUCGUGAUAACUGAUAACCUGUUAGCAUUGGCGGUGAAAGCUAAACACGGCCUCUAAGAUGUGAAAUAUAGUUAUAGUAAAACGCACGAACGCGAGACCGAGUUUCGAGGAAUGCGCGACUCGCAUAGCAUUUCGAGUCCGAGUAGCGGUGGCGUGGAGGUAGAAGAGCCGUUUCUCGCGCCCGUUUCACCGCCGACGGUCCGUCGUCAUCGAUCCUCGUCAACGCCGGCACGAACGAUCGUCGCUGCCGAUCAGGUCUUACCGCGGUACGUUUACGUCUCGCAACACAAACACGUGUUGGCUGGCUAGCCCGAGGCCGCCGUUUCGCCGUUUAUUUACUGUUGUCCUAUUGUUCGUCUCGUGUCCCCACAGCGAUGGCCGUCGACUACUUGUUCGAUCCACGCACGCUGGCCGCCGCCACUGCCGCCGACGACGCGACAGGAGACAACCGACUGUCGGUUGACGACGUUGGCUGCAAAUACCGGCUGAGACCCCUGUGCUUGACCGACUUCGGACGCGGAUACUUGGACCUGUUGUCUGAACUGACUGUGACAGGAAACGUCACUCAGCAGAUGUAUUCGAACACUUUUGAUAUGAUGAAGAAAAACAGUGGUACAUAUUACAUAAUCGUUGUUGAAGAUACUGAGGAAAACUGCAUUGUGGCGUCUGGUUCGCUAACUAUUGAAAAAAAGUUCAUACACUCAUGUGGACAACGCGGUAGAAUUGAAGACAUUGUUGUCAACUCUAAAUGCAGAGGACAACGUUUUGGAAAAAUUGUUGUUCAACGUCUAAUUGCUCUGUCACGCGUCCUAAAUUGUUACAAGAUUUCAUUGGAAUGUAAAGAUAGUUACGUGAAUUGGUAUAGCUCAAUGGGUUUUGUGAAAGAACCUGGAAAUUCAAAUUACAUGCAGUUGAGGUUUGAACAACCAUUGCAUUGAACUUUGUUAUUUAUUAUAAACUAGAAUGAUUGUUUAAUGUAUUAUAUUAAUUUUUGAAAAAUACAAUUUACA